GGAGCAAACCGAGUUGCGCACGAGCAACUUCCAUGGGCAUGGAGACGAAACUUAUGGCAGUGGUGCUCGUUGCGCGAUGCACAUGCGAAGGAGAAUGGGGGAUGACGUCGAGUACCAUCCGAUGGAGGCUGGUAGAGUGGAGUCCACAGAGGAGCUCCAUGCCCUCAUCGAUAGAGAGGAGGAGCAAUUGCGAAGAGAUUGGGAUGGCAAACAAGCGUACAUGGCGCAGCAGCGGCGGAUUCGAGACUUAGAGACCGGUGCACCAGCUCCGGCUGCUGGCGGGGUUGACCAACCCGUUCCUAUACCUACAGUCGACGCACAGUACGACGUAGGCAGACCCCCGUCAUUAGGACAUACUGAUGUCGACUCCGGUUCCGCAAUGGGAAGAGGUUGUGGUGCAUCUGAGUAUGGAGAUCCGGUCGUGUCCAAUGUCAUUGUUGGACUUUGUGUGGCAGGCACAUUCCAAUCGGCUCAUGGAUCGACUCAGAAGGCAGUUGACGUGGAGGGUGAUUCAAACAGGUUGGUGAGAUGUUAUGGACUCGAUGUUGAGGACGAUGCUAGGGCGGGUGGCGCAGGGCGUCCUGUUGUUGCGAUGUCGAGUGCAUCAACUCCCGCCUUUUUCGCAAAAUGCGAGAGCCCUCCCGACCAUGUCACGUAGGAGUAAACAAAACCUAAUCAAGAGA